GUUAACGUGGGUAGACGAUAUGAAGAUGUGGCCACAGGUAACUUAUGGGGACAUAUUUAACUACUUCGUCCUGUCAGAAGGAGUUGAUGGAGCAUCAAUGAAAAAUUAUAAAAGUACUGAAGCUUACCAAUAUUUACAUAGUGGGAAAAUAGGUCGUGUACUGUUACACAGUGAGGGUGACUUCAUCUUUUUAAAAGCAAAUGUGCAACCCAGCCAGUCCAGCGGUCCAAACCACUCUGCGUGGGUGCUAGUUAGUAAACAAGGAUCAGUGGAGACUACUGGAUGUUCGUGCAUCGCUGGUUUAGGAAGGUCAUGUAGCCACGCAGCAUCGAUAUUAUGGAAGCUCCUGACCUAAUAAACACCUGCAGACAAAGUAUUGACUAAGUAUCUUGUCAAAUCUCUUAACUGAAUGAUGGAGUAAGGUAAGUGAACAGAGACUAGGUAAGUAAACCCUGUGCAGAAUUACUAGGCAAGUUAUUUUUCUCAAGCACAUUUUAACCAAUUCUAAACCACAUCAAUCUUAAUAACUAAUUUUAUGUUUGUUUGUUUUUAUUCAUUAAUAAAUGACACAUUAUUGUAAAGGAAUGCUUUAUAUACACCUUAUAUUCAGCUUUGUAUAUAUAUUAGACAUAUUAGAAACUCUUUACAAUACAGUUGUAUUUGUUAACAUUUAUUUAUUGCAUUACCUAACAUGAGUAUAUAACAAUACUUCUACAGCAUAUUAAUGUUAAUUUUGGGAUUUACUACAUGCUGAACACAUAUAUUGUUCAUUGUUUUUUCAUGUCAUGCUUUUUCCAAUGUUUGUGAAAUUAAUAAUUGUUAAAAGAUUGGUGUUGUUAGGGAUUGGUAAAAUUUGCAUGGAAAAAAAUGAUAUCAGAACAUCAACUUACCUUAUAAUUCUGCACACAGUACAUAUGCAAACGGAAAGGAAAAGGUAAGAUUUGGUAGUAGUACAUUAAGUGUAACAUUAAGUCUAAUCACGCUAUCACCUGCCUGGGAAUAAGGUAAGUAAACAUCAAGUGUAAUAAUAAUGUAUGUUUUUUAAAGAGGAAAUACAUUUUUUUAAACUUUUGAAAUUUAUUUGAAGUGAAGAAAUAAACUAAUCAGUAAAUGUUUUGUCUCAGGUUGAAAAUGCUGUGUCCAGUGGCCUUACUGGCAUCGCCUGCACAGAUGAGCAGCGGCUCUGGAAUAUGGGGACUAAGAGGAACCUUGGCCCAAAACGGUUAAUGGACAUCACCUUUUCCCACCACCGAGCUACUGAUGUGCUGCAGAUGCCAGAGGUAAUUCCCAAAAAUGUUCCUCUGCCUCCCACUCCUUCAUUUUGCACCCAGAAUGAACUGAGAGAGGGUCUCAAGCAUCUUCAACUGCCUGUGUCAAGCCUUCUGCAAAAAUGUCUGAGCGCUGUGCAGAGACAGGAGCCAGAACCGUCUGCAUCCUUACCACAUGCUGAUCAUGAUGGCACCAACAUCUGUCAGAGGUGCAUGUCGUUUUAUAAUAGUUUUGUGGCCAUUGAUCCCAACAAAUGUACAGCAUUGGAGCAUGAAACACUUAAGCAGAGUUCCUCUCACUUGUGGCAUGACUCUCGAAAGAUAAGAAUAACUGCGAGCACAGCAAAGAAGGUCCCCAUUAGAGGCAAUCCUCAAACUUUUGUCAGAGAGCACCUCUACCCCAGGUUCCAUGGAAACGCAGCAACUCACCAUGGCUUAGAAAGUGAGGCAUAUGCCUUACAGUGGCUAGAAGGUUAUGGGGUUUCAAUCAGCCGCAAAGGCACAGUCGUGUGUGCAAGCGAGCCCUGGCUGUCAGCAAGCCCUGAUGGAGUUUUGAACUCAGAGGAACUGCUGGAGAUCAAAUGCCCUUUCCUUAAGAGUGAUGAGUCUCUUGAGGACCUGUUCAGGAGUCAGAGGUAUGAUGUGAAGAUGAAGGAGGGGACACCUCAGCUGCAGCCAAAUGGUCCACGGGGCUUUUAUGUACAAGUACAGCUUGGUAUGUUCUGUACAGGGCUAAAGGCCUGUAAGCUACUCAUCUGGGAUCCAUCACAACAAGUUCUGCUACAUGUCCCAUACAAUGAGCAAUUCUGUGCAAAGACUGUAGCUAGACUAAAAGCCUUUUAUUUUAAGUAUAUGCUCCCUCAUUUGUUAGAUGAGUUUCAGGCAGGCCGUCUAUUGCUUUCCACAAGAUACUUGCAGAUUUGUAAAUAAGCAUGAAUAAGAAUAAU